ACACACCCACCCACUAUCAAAAUUGAAAGUUUGCUCGUUGUUCGUUCUAUUUAUUUUUGUACUAUAAAUAAUUAAAUUAAUUUCGAUUAUUAUCAUGGCUCAUAUACAAUUUGUUGAUGAAUUGGUAAAAGAGUAUCUACUGUUCAGAGGAUUUACAUCGACGGUGAAAGCAUUCGACAACGAUUUGAAGGCUGACAAAGACAAAGGUUUCAGGGUGGAUAAAAUUAUUGAACAAAUUUUACAUUAUAUCAAUGUUUCCGACCUAAUUGGACUCAAAGAAUAUUGGUCACAUCUCGACAGUUUAGUAUUUUCCAAACUAGAGAUUCACAUGCAGCCUGCUGUAAGAAAAAUAGAAUAUAGUUUGUACAAAAUGUAUUUAGUGACGGCAUCUCAGAGUACAGGCGGGGUGCGCAAUGAAAAAGUUGCAGACUUCCUGGCUAAGAUGCUGCCUGAACUGCAGGGGCAGAAUGAGUGGAGGGAUUGGUUCAUGCUACCAUACAUUCAAAAACCAGAAGAAAACCCUUCAUUCAGCCUGUACUACACUCGGGCGUGGCAGGACAGUGUGCUAGUCUCGCUGCACAAUCUCUUGGCCACUGUGUUCCAGUGCAUGCCACAACCUACACUCACCAGCUACGAGAGUGAUGCUGCAAUGCUCAAAAGGUUGCAGGAUGAGUUGGCUGUACUUAGGACUAAGACACAACAACAAUCUGCUGAAAAAACUUCACCAAUUGGUCACCAGUCACGACUAGCGCAGUAUUCUGAACGCCUCAGUGGCCCCUUGCCUUUAGUAGAUGACUUCUGUGCCAUACCUUCUGAACAGCUUGAUAGUGGAGCACGAGAAGCUAAAGGCUUAAGGGGACUGCUAAGGCAGAUGGGCGGGAGCCCUGUUAUGGGCAGAAAAGGCUCCCGAUCGCAAAGCCAGAAUUAAAUAUUAAUUUUAUAGUAAUAAUGAACAUUUGGUCUUUCAGAUUAAAAGAACUUUGUAUUGUAUGUAGUAAUUAAGUUGACGAUAAAAGGAGAAAUUUAUUGAAUGUAAAUAGUUAUGUAAGUUUUAAAUGUAAUUACUUAAGCAUUCUGCUGCAGAAAAUAAAAGGUAGGUAGUAAGUAGGUGAGGAAGGUAAGUAAAGUAAAAGUAUUAUAGUAAAAUAUCUGUGAAUUAUAUUUUAUCAAUAAAGGUAUUCAAUUUAAA